ACAAUCUUUGACCAAAAGAUGGCGGAUGAUUUAGAAAGCUCAUCUGCUGAAGCUUUAAUUAGUUUCAGAGAGGGUAAGGCUGACUAUAAGUCCCCAUCAAGGCAGAGAAAUCCUACACGCAUCAGGAAGAAGAACGCUAAGUUUUACAAUGCAGAUGAGGACACAUCGUUCUCUAUCAGACCACGUGCCCAAAAAAAGAGGGAACGUAAACCUGGUAUUGGGUUGACUGUCCAUGAUAAAAGGAUGGCUCAAGGCAUAGGUGUGCGACUGAGAAAUCUGCUGAAGUUACCCAAGGCUCAUAAAUGGGUGUGUUAUGAAUGGUUCUAUUCCAACUUAGACAUACCACUCUUUCUGAUGGAGAAUGAUUUUUGCAUCUGUAUGAAAGAAUCCUUUCCACAGCUAAAGAUGAAAAAACUUCGUAGAGUGGAGUGGUGCAAAAUCCGCCGUCUAAUGGGCAAACCUCGCAGGUGUUCCCCAGCAUUCUUUGAGGAGGAGAGGGCAGCUCUAGAGAUCAGACGCAAUAAAAUCCGACUACUUCAACAGAGGAAGAUGUCAGAACUCCAGACCUUUAAAGAUCUCCCAGACGAAAUCCCAAUGCAUCUUGUUAUUGGCACCAAAGUCACUGCACGUUUAAGAAAGCCACAGGAUGGAUUGUUUACUGGAGUAGUAGAUGCCCUAGACACUGUGACAAACACUUACAGAAUUACAUUUGACAGACCAGGAAUUGGUACACACUCCAUCCCUGACUAUGAAGUUCUGAGUGUUGAACCUCAGGAGACAAUCCCACUGUCAGCAUUUCAACAGAAACACAGGCCGAGGCAGCCAAACUUGUUCUCACCACCAAAGUUUGUACCAAGUCUCGGAUCUCCAAAUCCAGAGCUGGAUAAUGACCCUCUUCUGAGUGGUUCUACAUUCACAGGUAAAUUACUUAGUCUGGAGGGAGGCACAUAUGGAGGGUUCCCAAUCAAGUUCCUAGUUCAAGUGACAAGACUGUCGAAAAUCCUUUCACUGAAGAAAGAUUGGAUCUAUCAGCUGAAGGAUUUAAACACACAAGCAGAAAAAGCUAAAUCAUUCCAGCAACCCAUUACACAAGACUUUCAGAGAAAAUACGCCACUACUGUCCUGGAACUGGAGCAACUCAACAAACAGCUAGGGGAGUGUCUAAACGUGGUCCAGACAUACUGCAAGGAGCUGGCCCCAGACAUGGGUAUGACACCACUUGAUGAACCCUCACAAAUCAAAACAGGCUGUGAUGAAGAAGCCGCAGAGAUUGUCAACAGAAUAAGUGGGAUGUUCCAUAAGAGAACCUCCAAAAACCAGAGAGUUAUGGAUCUAAUAUCCAGUUUGACAUCUCUUAUGCUGCAAGUUAGGACAUUUUCUGAGCAAGAAUUUAACUCAUUUGAAUUCAAGUGUUUACAAGAUACCUUAAAAGAAAUAAAGGAUAAGUUGGAUGGGAACAGUAUAAAUGCUUUCCAGAAUAAUGUGGAGAUUCAUAUAAACCACAUACAGAGUGGACUAAGUCAAAUGGGGAACCUUCAUGCUUUCUCUUCCUCCACCUACAAAGUUUGACCGGGUCAAAGGUCAGGACAAAUUCCUGUUGUGACUGUAAAUAACACCUUUGGGACACCUGCUCCGUUUUAUGUGUAUCCACAGAUGUGGCUGUGUGCUAUUGAUAACGACAAGUCUUUUCAUUAAUGGCUUGACCCAGUUAUGCAUGAUGACUUCUUGUUAAGAUUAUUAUCUGAAAAAAAAUUAAAGGAGUCAUUUUUUAAUACCUAAAGGGAAAUUUGUAUAGGGUAUUUAUGUACAGUUUGUGAUCAAGUUCUUAAAAAAAAUAGUAGAUCUAAAAUGAAAUGGUUGUUAAUGUGCAAUAUGAAUAAUGAAACAUACAUGUAGUAGUACAUAAGAUGCUUAUCAUGUUUAAAUAUCUAUGAAUUAUAUUUUAUCUCAGUUACUGAAUAGGGCAAUUCAAACUGACCAUGUAAUAUACUAGAAUUAGCACCAAAAUCAAUAAAAAUAAUU